GGCAUCAUUCAUGCUUCUCUUCUAAAGCCAUGCCCAGUCUCAGUGUCAAAGGGACUUUCCUGCCUUCCUGGGCACUCUCUGUUCUAGUGGGCAUUUACUUAGUCAUUCAGUUACUUAUGUUUGUCCUCACACCUCACACAGGGAUAAUGAACCCUCAGGGGUCACUUCUGCAUGUCGCACAGGAUCCCCAGCACAGUGCCUGGAACGGAAUGGAAUGUAAAAAGAAUGCUGCACUGCUGUCAACCCGGAAGUGCUGUGAAGAGAAGAGAGCCAGCUGCCUGGUGUCUGAAGACAGAUUCAGUUCCACCUUGGCCCUCCCUGGCCUAGGCAGGACCACAGCCUAGACAAAAUCCUAGAACUGUCCAGGCCUAGAUGGAUACGAGGACCGACAAGUCUCUCCUCGAGGGCUCACAGUCUAGGCUGGAGGAGCACGGGAGUGUGAAGAGGCCCUUAGGUGAAGGCAGAGAUCUAUGAAGACAAAGACAGGAUAAGAGAAUGAGCCAUGAGAGACCAGGGCGCUGCUCACUGAGGUGUCAGCCACUUGCGCGCUCAGGACACUGCUGGAUGCGCUCCGGGCCGUGACACCUGCAGCACCCGCGCACCGCGCCGGGUCCCCGAACCCGCAAGCACGCAGGCCCGGGAGUCUGCCCAUCCGGGGCUCACGGACUCGGGCAGGGAAAGGCCACUGCAGCUUUUGACACACGCCGGUCUACGCCUAUACUCCAAAGUCUGGCUGCGCCCUACUGUUUUCCUCCCUCAUACCCGCGCCAUCUUCCUUCCCACGGCGCACCUCCAGUCCCCACCAAGGCGAAACAGGUGCGCUGCUGCCAUCUUGAACUGAGGUGGAAUUGAGAAGCGUUUCUGCACACUCCAAGCCAAGCUGGGGUGCCGAGCACAGCGGCUCUGCAUUGGGAACUCUAACCUGACGUGUUAGGUGCAAGGCCUCUGCGUGCAGCCCUCUACAGGUGAGAGAGACUGCAGCCUGGGCCAAUACCUUGAUUAUAGAUUUGUGGAAGACCCUGAAGCAGAGGACCCAGAUAAUCCAUGUCCUGAUUCCUGACCCACAGAAAGUGUGGAACAAUAGAUGUGUGCUGUUUUAAGCCACUAAAUUUCAGGUGGUACAGCCCAGCCUCGGGUUCAGCGUAAACCUGGCUCCUCCGCUUGUACGGAACUGGCCGGCCUCUCAAGAUGGCGGCUCCCUGUGAGGCACAGCGCACGGGGGCGGCCAUGUUGCCUCCUGAACAAAGCACCCGAGGAUGCGGAGUGGGCAAAACCGCCCGGUAGGCCUGGGAGCGCCGCGCUUUGCUCACCCAGACAGGAAGCGGGAGAGUUUGCCACUAUGGAUGUGACAGCCGUCCCGGGUUAAGCUGCGACGGGCGUUUCUGGAUCUGGAUCUGAUAAAUGAACCGCAGAUCUAAUUUGACAGAGCUUGGAAUACCCCAUAUAAAACGGCCUCCGUGGCAUGGGAGCACUCACUUCCUCUGAACAAGUUCAGUCAUGUCUGCAUGACUUCUUCUGGGACUGAGAAAGAUUUACCAGGCAUCUGCCCUUUUAGAAGAGAGCAGAAAAUGAUGAAGUCCCACGGGUUAGUAUCAUUCAAGGACGUGGCUGUGGAUUUCACCCAGGAGGAGUGGCAGCAAUUGGAUCCUGCUCAGAGGACCCUGUACAGGGAUGUGAUGCUGGAGAACUACAGCCACCUGCUCUCAGUGGGGCAUCCAGUUUCCAAACCAGAUGUCAUUUCCAAGUUGGAACAAGGAGAAGAUCCGUGGAUCAUAAAGAGAAACAUGCCAAAUUGGGUCUAUCCAGACAGGAAGAGUAACUUUGACAACCCUCAAUCAUGUAUUUUGGGGUCUGUUUCCUUCCAUAAUAAGAUACUGAAAGGAGUCACGAAGGAUGGUUCAUUGUACUCCAUUUUAAAAGUCUGUCAAGGUGAUGGCCAGUUGCAGAGAUGUCAGAAAAACCAAGACAAACUUUUCAGGCAAGUAACGGUCAUCAACAACCAAACAGUGACUUUGGAUUCAGAUCAUACAUAUAACGCAUUGGGGAAAAUAUUGCAAGAGUGCAUAGAGUCAGAUACUUCAAGACAAAGACCCCAUGACUAUUAUACAUUUAAAAAGAACUUGAAAUCUAAUACUGGCUUGCCUAGUUGUAAUAAGAGCAGUUCAAGAAAAAUCCCUGAUGACAGCUUUGGAUGUGGGAAGUCAUCUAUCCGUGGUGUGUCCAGUUCUGAUCUUGAGAAAAGUCACAAUGGAGUAAUUCCCUAUGAUGGUAAUGAGUGUGGAAACAUUUUCAGCAAUAAACAAUCUGAUACUCAGUAUCAGAAUGUUGAGAUUAGGGAGAAAACCUGUGUAUGUGUUACAUGUGGAAAAGCCUUUGCUAAGAAGUCGCAGCUGAUUGUACAUCAACGAAUUCAUACCGGGAAGAAGCCAUAUGAUUGUGGUGCAUGUGGGAAAGCCUUCAGUGAGAAGUUUCAUCUCAUUGUACAUCAGAGAACUCAUACUGGGGAGAAACCUUAUGAAUGUUCUGAAUGUGGGAAAGCCUUCUCUCAGAAAUCAUCCCUCAUUAUACAUCAGAGAGUUCAUACUGGGGAAAAACCGUAUGAAUGUAGCGAAUGUGGGAAAGCCUUCUCCCAGAAAUCACCCCUCAUUAUACAUCAGAGAAUCCACACUGGAGAGAAACCUUAUGAAUGUAGAGAAUGUGGUAAGGCCUUCUCCCAGAAGUCACAGCUGAUUAUACAUCACAGAGCUCAUACAGGAGAGAAGCCGUAUGAGUGUACUGAAUGUGGGAAAGCCUUCUGUGAGAAGUCUCACCUCAUUAUACAUAAAAGAAUUCACACUGGGGAGAAACCCUACAAGUGUGCUCAGUGUGAGGAAGCCUUCAGCAGAAAGACAGAGCUCAUUACGCACCAGCUAAUUCAUACUGGGGAGAAGCCUUACGAAUGCACCGCAUGUGGGAAGACCUUCUCCCGAAAGUCACAGCUCAUCAUACAUCAGAGAACACAUACUGGAGAGAAACCCUAUAAAUGCAGUGAAUGUGGGAAAGCCUUCUGUCAGAAGUCACACCUCAUUGGACAUCAGAGAAUUCACACAGGGGAAAAACCUUAUGUUUGUACUGAAUGUGGGAAAGCCUUCUCUCAAAAGUCUCACCUCCCAGGACAUCAGCGGAUUCAUACAGGAGAGAAACCUUACAUGUGUGCUGAAUGUGGAAAAGCCUUUUCCCAGAAGUCAGACCUUGUUUUACAUCGGAGAAUUCAUACUGGGGAAAGGCCCUACCGGUGUGCUGUGUGUGGGAAAGCAUUCAUCCAGAAGUCACAGCUCACUGUACAUCAGAAGAUUCAUACCAGUGGUAAAAUCAUAAUGAACUAAGCACAGACAAGCCUUUAGUAUUAGCUCAAGCCUUAGUAAAUAACAGGAACUGGAUUAAUUUAAUAAAUUUGUGGAAGACAUCUUUUUUAUUUUGAUUUUUAUUUUUAUGGAAGACAUCUUUAUAGAGAAAAAUUUUACAAUUCAUGUCUGUAGUAUGAUACCUAACUCAGCAAAAAUGAUGGAAAGUAUUUACAUAAAUGAAGGACAUUUUCACCAUGGCAUGUAAGACUUUCAGAGUUAAGAACUGAGUGGUCAGUAGAACAAAUUGUGUGUAUAGAGUAUUGUCAAGUUACAUAUUCCUUAUUAUACCACAUAACAAUAAACAGAUUGUGAAAUUGCUUGGCAUAAUUUAGGCUUUAUACAGUAAUUUGCCAUAAAGGACAUGAAGAAAUCCUAAGUUAAAAAAGUCAGUUCCUAGAAGUUGCAUUAUAAAGAGGGGCUUAGCAUGACCCCUGAAGUUUCAUGUCAAAUUCUUGGACAGAGAUGGAGAGAUAGGUUCAGUAUUGAUCAGAUCAAUAAAGGUGGUAAUUAUGCAUUUUCCCAUCUCAAGCAUAUAAGUUGACCUCUAUCUCUGGAAGGAUCCUGGACCUUGAAAUUGAUGCUUCUUGACCAGGUCUCCCCUUUACUCUGCCUUACUGGGAAUAUGGUAUGAUGAAAAGACUUUGAUACUGAACCAGAUGGUCUGGGUUUUAAUCCUGGCUCAACUACUCAAAAGACUGUGUGACUUCAGGCAAGCCUACUUUACCCACCUGAAUAUUCUUAUUGAUAAAUAAAAGUGCAAUGUAGAGCACAUUUUCAGUUAA